AUGGCUGAUGUAAAUUGUCACAAAGUAUUGAUGAAGGCUCUAGAUUACGAUGAACGUGGAGACAAGGAACAAGCUAUUCAUUACUAUACAAUGGCUGUAGAGCUUAUUUUAAGCAUUGAAGAUAAAGAGAAGCGUGAGAAGAUGAACAAAUUUGCACGACAAGCACUCGAUCGAGCAGAGGAACUAAAAGGAAUUAAAAAAAAUGAAUCGCCAAAAGAGUCAGGCAAGAAAAGCAUUCAAACACAAAGUGCCUCAUCGCCAACAACAAAUGCACCAAAUAAGACGGUACCUACAGUACCAACACAUUCACCAAAAUUGGAAGUGACAUCAAAGGAAGGAUAUACAAUGGAAGAGAAGAAGGUUUUAGAAAAAACGUCCACAAUUAAUGCUAAAGUUUAUGUCCCAUUUAUGGAGAUUGAUGCUAAAGAGCGAUUUAACUUUCCAAUUCCAUUUUCUGAUAAGGAUGGCAUUUUAGAGUUGUCACCAAAGCAGAAGAAAGAAUUUGUUCAAUGGAUGAGAAUUAGCGAAUUAUGUCAACAACCAGAGAUUAUUAUUGGAACUAAUCCAGACUAUCAUGCUAUUAAACAAACGGUUGUAUCUGACUGCUCAUUCGUAUCAUCAUUAACUGUUGCUGCAUUGCAUGAAAAGAAAUUUAACCGUCGAAUCCUUACAUCUAUCAUAUAUCCACGAAAUUCCAAGGAUGAGCCUGUCUAUAAUCAAAGUGGCAAGUAUUUAAUUAAACUAUAUGUUAAUGGCAUUGCCAGGAAGAUUGUUAUUGAUGACUAUUUGCCCGUUGGACGUCAUAAUCAGCUCCUGUGCAGCUACUCGAAUAAUAAAAAUGAAUUUUGGGUCAGUGUACUUGAAAAAGCGUACAUGAAGCUUAUGAACGGCUAUGACUUCCCAGGUAGCAACUCAAAUAUUGAUGCUUAUGCACUGACUGGAUGGAUUCCUGAAAGGAUAUCAAUAAAAAAGAAUGAUCCAGAUUUUAAUGGCAAUCAAGUAUUUGAUAGAUUAAAGGAAGGCUUUCAUCAAGGACGUUGUUUAAUUACAGUCGCAACUGGUGAAUUAUCAGAUGCUGAAUGCGAUAGAACUGGACUUGUUAGCACUCAUGCUUUUGCUGUAAUUAAUAUGGCAGAAGUUGAUGGCGUGAAGCUUUUAAUGUUAAAAAAUCCUUGGAGUCACUUACGAUGGAAAGGAAAUUAUUCAGAACAAGACAGUCGAUGGACACCGGAACUGCAGAGGAUACUUAAUUAUGAUCCAAAAAUGGCACAGUCAAUUGAUAAUGGAAUCUUUUGGAUAGACUAUUAUUCAUUGUUAAACUUUUUUGAUGUAUUUUAUUUAAAUUGGGACCCAGAAUUAUUUAAAUACACUUACUGUACUCAUAAGAUGUGGCAAUCAGGCAUUGGGCCUGUUAAGGAUGCAUAUACAAUUGGUGACAAUCCACAAUUCUCAUUGGCAGUUCCUCAAGGUCGUGGAUCAGUUUAUGUCCUACUUACAAGACAUAUUACAAGUAUUGAGGACUUUCGUGAAAAUAAGGAAUACAUAACAUUGCUAGUCUAUCAGCAUAAGAAUGGCAAGCGUAUUUAUUAUCCACAUGAUCCAGCACCUUAUAUUGAUGGCAUUCGUAUUAAUAGUCCACAUUAUCUCUGUAAGAUUAGACUUGAUCCAAAUGCAGCUAGGAAGUAUACGCUAGUUGUGUCUCAGUAUGAAAAGACUACGACUAUAUUUUAUACAUUACGUGCUUACUGCCGUGAGCCAUUUGAGCUUAAAUCGCUUGAUACUUAUUUAACGACAAAUCUUCAAGUCACUGGUGAAUGGAACUCAUCAAAUUCAACGGCUGGUGGAUGUCAGAAUCAUAAGACAUACAGGAACAAUCCACUAUACAAAGUGACAUUAGCUAAUGAUGGAAAUUUAGCUGUUGAAUUGAGAGCACCAAAAGUUUUUCAAGUUGGACUAGAAUUGACUGUUAAGGAACUUGAUGAUUCAUCACUAACUGCACCAUUUAUAAGUAAGACAACAGACAAUUUCAGAAGUGGGUUUUGUGUUCUGGAUCUUGAGAAUUUGAGUGCUGGGAAGUAUCUUAUUCGUCCAAGUACAUUUUUACCAAAUCAGGAAGCACCAUUUUUCCUCAAACUUAAAUCCUCAGCAAAGCUACAAAUUGAAAAGGAACAAUAA